AUGUGCCGACCGCUGCCAUUUCUGAGGAUGUCCCUGGUGAUCCUGGUGUUCCUUGGGUUGGCAGAAGCCUGCAUUCCUCGGCAAGGUCUGAUGAACAGGCUGUCCCCAGAUGGUCUCAGACACAACAUCACUUCCACCAAGAUGCCUACCCUGGUACCCCCACAAGGUUUGCUGAGCCUGCAGGUGUUGAGUGAAGAAACAAAUGACUGCAAGGAAGAAGUGAAGCUCAUCCCAGCCACCACCCCUUCCAAGAGACCAUUCCCAAGGAGGAACUCAUGGAACUUUUUGAAAUGUGCCUACAUGAUGAUGACCUUCUUCUUCACGUCCUACAACAAAGGAGACUGGUGUUACUGCCACUACUGCAACCAAGAACUGGAUAUCAGAAACGACCCCUGCUGUUCUUUCUAG